UCAGUCGCGCGCGGGAGUUCAAACAGUGCGGACAGCGCCCCGCGAUGCAGGACCGCUCCAAACUGCUGGCAGAAAUGCUCUCACGAAGACACAACUUUCGAAUAAUUUUGAAAUUGAAGAGUUAAUUCGACGAAAAUGAGUUAAUUACAUUUUUAAUUUCGCUAUAUAAAUUUUUAUUUCAUUCAGUUGAUGCUUGUUACAAGGUCGCGCCCUUCAAUCGAUGAACAAUUAAAUACGACGUGUGACCACACAUCAGACUGUUUUUGACAUGUUUUUAUCAAGUGCCAACAAAAUAGAUAAGGAUAUAGACUAUUGAGUUCGUGAUUGAACGACAAACAAACAUUUUCUUCUUAAUGGAAUAUGGGCAUCUGUUUAGACACCGAACAAAACAAUGAAGAUUUGGAGACGGGCGAGCGAAGCCGACGUGAGAGCACCUGGCCAUCAUCACCCACGGGCGCGGGCUUCCCCAUGCAAAACACCAGCCACGUCAAAUUCGAACCACCCAAUGUCCCAGUUAUAUUUGUAUUGGGAGGUCCGGGCAGUGGCAAGGUGACACAUUGCGACAACUUCAUGCAGGAGCGCCGUGGGUUGGUCCACAUCAACAUGACUGAUCUGCUGCAGCAGUAUGCUAUUGGAAAUGAUAUGCAAGACUUCGGCACGCUGUCCAGCAAGACAGUGACAGAGGUUCUGAUGCUGGAAAUGAAAAUGGCGCCUACUGCGAAGACGUACCUCGUGUCUGGGUACCCUCGCUCCAUGCGAGAUGUCGCUGAAUACUCGGAUAAGAUUCAAACUAUAAGCGGCGUGAUUCUCGUCAGCUGGCGGCAGCGAGUCCUCGAGCGGCAGAUCGAGUACGGCGCGAGACUCGGCCACGUCGUACUCAGCCUCGCGCGGAUGGAACUCAACAACUUCUAUAAGAACGUGAUGCCGGUCGCUGAUUAUUUCGAUCAGAGCAACGUUCUGAUUGCUGUCAAUGGCGAGAGAAACCCUGAGGAGGUCUACCGCGACUUCCGAGCUGCUGUGCUGCAAAUACUAUCAGCUGUUGAGGAUGAGGACAUGAAUGGAGUCGGCACUGGAGGCAUCCCAGGUGAAAUAGUGGGUGUGGAACCAGCGCCCACAAGACAUAGACCAGACUCCCUGAACGCGCAAGAUUUAGACGACGAUAUGCCAACAACAGUCGUGCCAAGACCUGCGCAGAUCAUGCCAAAUGGACAAGCCAUGGUAAAUGGACAAGCCAUGCAAAUUGGACAAGCUAUGAUAAAUGGGCAAGCCACGCCGAGUGGCCAGGUUAUGGCAGGUGAUCAUGGGAUGCCACUCCAGCAAGAUAUGCCAGCUGCGACCAUGCCCAUGCCGAAAGUUAUGCCAGUGAAUGGUGUAAAUCAUACUAAUCCUAAGGCGGAGGUAAUAAGAGUACGUGGUGCAGUCACCAAGGUGCCAACAGUGUGGGUGGUGGGCGGACCCGGGAGCAAUAAAGCUGUGCUCUGUGAAAGGGCCGUCAGUCAGCGCGAGGGAUGGAUGCAUUUUAGUCUUGGCCAAAAGCUCCGAGCUUUAGCUGAUGCAGGCGGCGCUCCAGCGUCAGACGGUGCUCUGGCGAGAACAGCAGUUAGUGCUGGAGAACUGGUGCCCAAGGACCUGGUCUUCAAGCUUGUGCGAGCUGUGGUGGCUGAUGCUGCCAGGAGCGGCCAGGGUCUGGUAUUGGAUGGGUGUCCUAGAGACUUGGAGCAGAUGACCUGGUAUCAGAAUGAGCACGGCACGGAGCCGCGCAUGGUCCUCGUGGACUGUUCCAAGCUGCAGCUGGGCCGCGGGCGGCGCGACGACGCGGUGGGCGCCUUCCGCCGCCGCCUCGAGCUCUUCCGCGAGCUCAGCCUGCCGAUGCUCAAGCACCUGGACCACCAGCACCGCCUGCUCAUCGUGGAUGGCGACACGGAUUCAGAGGACGUAAGAGCAGAGUUCACAAGAGUGCUUCUAGAAGAGAUGGAGAAGAGUGAAAUCAUCGCGCAGAUACCAAACUCGGAAGCAAAUAAUGGUACUUCAACCAUGCAGCACUUUGCCCAAUCAAUGUCCCGUCUGGGGGCAGGAUACGCGAACGGCGUGCCCCAUUUGCCCCACAACGGGACACAACAGAAUGGGGUGCCAAACGGUGGUGUGGCCAAUGGGUUCCUCAACUUGGGGAACAAUAAGGUAAAACCAAUGGUGAACACAAUAUCAAGGAUCCCGACUGUCUCUCAGGUGACGCACGACGACGUGCGUCGUCUAUACGAGCAGAGCAAUGGCGAAAUAUCCAUGAAUACUCAUAUUUGAAAUGCGGGUAGUUGGAUGUUACAGAGCUAAGAAGGUCUAGAGAGAGCGGAUAUCGUAAAAUUCGACGUGGGUUGUUACAUGAGCAAAGACGCAGCGAAAUAUCCAUAAGCACGCUUAACUGAUAUGCGGGUAGUUGGAUAUGUAGAGCUAAUAAGAUACAGAGCGAGCGAAAAUCGUGCAAGUUGACAUGAUUUGUUGCAGACCUAAUAAGAUAUAGAACGAACAAAAAUAUCGUGCACAAAUUCGUUAGAAACUUAAGUUUCGAUAAAAUAAUUAUCGUAUAAACGAUAAACACUUAGUGAAAUAACGGUAGGUGAUAAUUAUCAGUAUAUUUGUUUUUAGUUUUCUUUAGUGUUACAUAAGACGCUAUAAAAUUUAUAGAUUUUAUUCAUUUAACAUAUAUUUAGUAAAAGAACGUUAACUUUAAAA